AUGUAUUUGGUAGUCAUAAGCCAAAUAAUCGUUAUACAUAACGACGUAUGUAUUUGUACAAAAACANCAAUACAAAAGGGCGGCGAUGUACCCCUGCACGGAUUACGAAAACCGGCACCCGAAAGACCUAAAGACGUCGUCGAUUUAGAGUACAUUCCUGUCACGUCAACGCUCACGAAGAUACGGAUUCACAAGAGUCCGAAAACCGACAAAUAUUUUACGUAUCCGAUCAACGUCCCCUUACGUCCCGUUUCGUCAUCGUCAUCGUCAUCCUUUGCCACUUACAAACGCACGGCCCCUUCGUCCUCACUACCCUCUAACGUUAACAAGCCAUCCGUCACUCCGCCGUUACCGCCCAAGAGACGUUCCUCGAGAAACAGUUCGACCCUACGUCUCAUAUCGACGAUGACUUUGAAAGCAGACCGAUCGCCUAUCAGCAAGAGGCACGAGACGUGCUUCAAAACAAACGACGAUCACAGGACAAGCAACGUGAAAUAUCUGAAAGACAAAAUCACCUGCAGACUGUCGCCAGGGCCUAAUAAAAGAAACUCCACUCAAGAUAAAUCUAAAUUGAAAAUCACGAAAACUCUUAGUUUGAACCCAUCCGGUGACAGACCGGUAAUUGUUUCCACGUUGAGCAGCAAGACUGGCUGUAAGAAUGCCAAAAGAGUCGAGUCUAAAAACUCCAAACACCAGGACAAAACUUUCCAGGGUGUUUUACAAAAGAAGUUUUUCUCUGCCGGCCAGACAUUCGCAGAAGCUAAAAGGAAUCUGUCGAUACAGAAAUCUUCUAAUAAGUUAUCCAAACCGUUCGAUUUGGUGUCCCCCAAUGAAGUCAAAAAGGCCAUCAAGACCAGGGGGAGUUCCCGUAGCUUUGUUAACAUUUCAUCGCUCCCGAAAAUAACAUCGUGUCCAUCAACACCUUUACAAGGUCGACGUAUGAAGACGAAGCCUGACGAUAAUGCGACAAGGAAGCCGAAAACGCCUCCCAAGGAAGAAGUCGAUGGUAAAUUGUCAAUAAUUAACAAAAGAGUUAAUGGUAAGAGAACAAAACCCAACUCUAAAACAACAAAUAUCGCUGAGAUAUUCCGAGAAAAAAACAAAAGCGAUCCAAUGUGUAAAAAAGAUAGAAAACAGAAAAAAUCGUCUAAAAUUAUAUCCAAAAAUAGUGAUUCCCGCGAACAUACCCUUAAGGAAAACAAAGAAGAAAAUCGUAACGCUUCUACUGUCAUUAAAGAUGAGAUAAAGAAGCAGAGCGAGAUUAUAAAAACGAACGAUUUCUUCCAGCAUUUGUUUUUGAAGGACAUCAUUGGAGAUGUUCGGAUCGCUCAGAAGCCUUUGGCAGAUGAUUUUUCCUGGAUCGCCGAGAAAACUAAAAUGUUGCAAAAUAGAAGAACGUCGUUUUCUGAACCAUCAAUAGGUGCACUGAUGAUCUAUUUGAAAUCCAUUAAACCGGUGUCCGAGUCGAAAUUUAGAAGCUUGGACGCAUCCUACAUGAGAUCCCGCUCUGCCAGUCCGAAAACCGUUACUUGGAAAGACGAAAAUUUGGUUUCAUUCAAUUCGGAAUCCAAUAGGAAAGAAAGAAGUAUUAGUUUACCUUCAAAAAUCCCUAUUUCACGAACCAGUCGUUCACCAUCUCCUUGCAGAACUACCAGUUUGAAUUAUUAUCGUCCAAUAUCUCCCACAAAACAGGAUCACUCACAAAAAAUGAGAUCUUCCUCUCCAAAACUGUCUUCCAAGCAGAUAAAGCAUUUAACAACCUUGCAGAGUAGACCGGAUCCACUUCAAAUCUUCUUCGCCACCGAGCAUCUGGCAAAAUCCAAAGAAUUAGCAACAAGCCCUUUAAGUAGCUUGUCAUCCCUUUCCACAGAGAAAGGUGGACUUCCAGUUACAUCCCCAACGGGCAAAAGAUCUCCAAAUGAACCUCUUUUGCAGAAACCUUUGAAACGGAUUACUCCUCGAACCGUCAAAGAAACGUCAGCAUCUAAAAGACUAUCUUUUAGAUCUCGAAGCGCUGGAGAUGCCGAAGAAACCGAUUCCAAAACGACAGCUCCAAUUCUGGAAAAAUCUGUCAGUUUUUCAGAGCUAUCGGGAUUCGGCUCUCUCCACGAUCUUCACACACCGGGACGUUGCAACAGGUUCAAGGAAUUGAAAAACUUCUACAAAACUUUAGAAAAGUUCAGCGAAGUAGAGAAGGUUGCUUCCAGCACGGACGUUAGGCCUCGCGGUAAAUUGGAAAGCGAAAUCGUGGACUACAACAGGUGGAAGGAGGUUCACGUAAGGGAAAGGGCCGAAAAAGAAAUGAAACUGUUGUACAGUAAACUAAAACACGACCAGGCGGAAAAAGGGUUUCUUUUUGAGCCGAAAACGACUCAGUGUUGGAGACCAGAGAACGACCAUGGCUUAAGGGCUAAAGAAAAAUCCAUCGAAGAUGUACGAGACGAACUGCAGAAGUUAAGUAUCAGAAACGAAAGGUCCCUAACCAGUUCGGAAUUAUCUCUGGUCAAAGAUUUGUACAAGCCUCUGUGGAGAGGAAGUUCGGUAAUAGAUUUGGCAUCCAGCAUGGUACAGAAGAGAUCGCACUCGGAAGAAACGAAACAACGGGAUCACUCUUUUCCACCUGUGAAGACUUUUGGGAAGUCCGAUUUUGGGUUCUUGAGACAGAUAUGGAGCAGUCUUUCGACCGAACAGCUGGAUAAUCUCAAGUCUCAACUGUCGGAAAUCUACGGCAAAAAUGGAACGGCGACGUUACCGAAACCUGUGCCGAAAAAAACCGACACUAACUAUUUUAUAGACGUGACCGAACGGAAAAAUUUUAACGACGACCUUAAGGUUAGAAGAUGCUCAGAAUCGUCCGCUUCUUGCCUCCAAGCACCGCGUCCGUUUGCAAAAGUCACUGCCCAUGUACUUUCGGAAAACGAAAAGAGACAUUUGUCAUUGUCCCUUUGCAAGGAAGCCGCAGCAAGGAACGUCAUUCUUCCCAAAGAAACGAGAGGAUCUAUAGCAGCAGCUAGUACGUCUCUUAUCGCUUCCGAAGCCACUUCUCCAAGGACCUGUUAUUCCCUUGAAAUAUCAGAAGACGAAGUGGACAAGAAGACCAAAGACAACGAUUACCUUUUGGUACUGACCGAGAAGCUGAUGCCUGCACGAAAAUCGGAAGAAAUCAGCAACACUCUGAGCAACUGGGCCGAACCGAAGAAACAGCAGCACCUGUCCACGGAAACCGUUGGAAAAUCCACCAGCGAAACUGAGAGUGCCAGUACGGACGAGUCGACAAGAACCGCGAUAUUCGUCGACAAAAAAGACGAGGUCACAAAGAAAAUAAAAUACUUCGAAGAGAAGGCGGCCGAAGAAGAAAAAUACAGUCCCGUAAUGUACAAACCUGCCGACAGCGACUCUGAAAAAUCCGAUUCUUCACAAACAGUCAAACCAUUAACCAGAUCUCAGUCAAACCAAAACCUGAAAGAUUUUUUCGGUGAAAGAUUGCCUAGUCAGAAGAUUCCUAGGGCUAGUGAAGAUCUGCCAGUAUUGAGGACCUUUACAGAAAGUACGUUGUUCAGGAGAGUCCACAGCGAUCCAGAAUUGAACAGAAAAAGCCAGAUUCACAUCCCAGGGCAAAAGGCGGGAGAUGUUGACUCGUUACGGAGAAAAUACGAAUAUCCGUGGAUCGGUAGGAAAAGUAGGAGCAGAACAAGAAGAGGUGGCGUUGUAUCGCCCCUAUUUUUCCGUCCCCAAGAUCGCCUAAUGCCCCACAUUAACAUAAUCAGUAAAAUAGCCAGUCUCUGUUCUAAACGGGACUCCUCGCAGCACAAACGUUUCCAAACUAGCACCGAAGAACUGGCCAGUUAUCUGGGAUGUCCCGUUGGAGAGGUGGAAAAACUCCGAAAAAAGUUCGACUCUCCCGACAGAAACAUUUCGUUGUUGGGCCGAAUGUUCACGUCAUCCCCAAAUCUACACGAACUGAAAGAUAUCGCCCCGUAUCUUGCUGGAGACUGGACCGCUCACAAAUAUCCGAGACUGGACGACAACACCCGUUCCCUUUCCUCCCCCGAACACUCCCCUGCAUCCAGAGACACUAAUCUCGUACGGAAAGAUCGAUCCAGACCGAAAUCUUUCUCCCCCAUACGUCCUAGACACCACACAGUUUGGGAUCAAGGUCGGGAGAGGAAGAAAUUUGAUCCAAAGAUUGAUCCACUGUCCAGGUACUGUCCCGAAGAAAGGUAUAGGUCGUGGUUGCUACCCAAUCCUACUACCAGACCCACAGUAAAAUUUAAAGACCCAGAACCACCGGCACCACCACCAAAGAGGAAUUUAAUAACGGGCAAGGCCGUAACUCCAGGUAGGGAAAAGUUUGUUUUGUUUUUGUUGUGUGUUCUUGGGAGAUAUUGUCGUAUUGUCGAUAACUUUUGUUUUAACAACAGUGGAACAUCGAAUCUUCUUUUGAUGUGCGAUUUUCUUAUUUUGUAACAAAUGCCAACAGCAAAUAAACAAUACAGUAUCUGUCCAUACUGUAACGAUAACGAUCAAUUGUUUUUGAUCUUUGAAGCAACUGUUUCGUUUUGUUUUUGUUUUUGUUUAACUCGGUUUUUACACCAUGUGUAAAGAAAAUUUUCUUUUGUUGCAACUGAUCGAGUUAUGAAAUACUUCCUGGUUUACAAUCAGCCAGAUUACAUCACCAAUCACAAUCAGCUUCUCAUCGCUAAUUCUUUACCGGCCUGAUAUAGCAAUUAAUUGCGAGUCGAUCAUUACAGCAGCGUUACUGUUUGUUCAUCUGCGUAUCGUGCGAAUUUAAAAAAGAGUACGUAUUAUAUUAUAUGUAUAGGUGUUGUACAUAUUUAUUACCCCACUAGGUAUAGAAUUUCGCGGUUUUUCUAAGUUUUAAGUGUGUAAUGUCUACGUGAAAAUAUUACGCGUAUUCAACCUUGAAGUAUCAAAACUUAUCGCUACGUCGUGCACGUUUAUUAAUAAAAACCUGCCGUAUACAUAUCGGGUUUUCAGAUAGAUAAGAUUAACAACAAAAUAAGAAACAACUUCGAUCGAUUUUGUUAAACAGCUGCCGUCUACCGCCGUCGAUUGUUUCAGAAAUCAUCACCGCAAAAAAAAACAGAUUCGAUGCGACUGAUAUUUAUCAAUUGUUAAAUUACGUAGGCACGCGAUCUCAAAACAAUAAAAAAAAAAUGAACUCAUGAACAAGCGAUGUUAAUGUGGGUGAUGUUGUGUUGUUUUAAUAUUAAUAACAGUUGGAGCGGUCCUGCAAUUGUAGCGAUUGUUAAACUCGUACUGGAAAUGUCGAAAGUAUUAGAGGACAUCCGGUUGAGGAAGAAGACACCGGAACAAAUUGCUAGACAAGAGGAGAUCCGCUUGAAUCGACACACAAUCGGAAAUGUUAACCAAAUCCACGGACCACUGCCUUCUUCUUUCGUCAGUAGUUAGUUAUUGAACAGAAACAGUAGUACAAGUAUGUAAUAUUUGCUUAAAUCCAUUCCCGGAUGUAAAAAUGAUGUCUUCACUUUACGCGACAAGGUUGUUAAGUUAAAACUACACGCUAUACAAGUGCGUUGAAUUGGUGUAUUUUUACAAUUAACUCACAGGAUACUUGUGAGACGUGUACGUAAUUAUAAUUAAUAAAUAGGAAUGUCUUGGCAUUCGUUCACGCUAUUGUAAGUCGGAAAAAAAAAACAAGUGAUGAAAUUGUUGUUUCUUCUUCAGUUGCAGCCAACUGGAGUGUCACCAGCCAGUAGUAGAUACAUAGUUAGUUAUAGUUGAAGGAAUAUAAUUAUUUAUGGAUAUGUACCAAGUACAUAGUAAUACAUACGUAUUUUCUACAUGUGUGUAAGCGGUAUGUCGGUCAGAGUUUUUGUAGAAAACGCGGUAAUUACUUACGGCGACAUCGUCAUUUGUUCCGCGAUUUUCUCUUUUGUUUUAACGCGACAAUCUCAUCGAUAGGUACUAUUGACAAUUGUGAAAAUUUAGUGUUAAAGUUCACUUUUUAUAUUACUACCAGGUAUGCAAAGGUUUGUUUAUUUAAUUAAAUCGAAAUCCACAGCUAUCUGUGGUAAGGAUUCAUUCAUUAAUUCAUUUUUGAUACCUAACAAAAUCUUUUCGAGAUAUAAAAAGAUUGAUAUGCAUUUGUUUGCCUAUUCAAUUGUUUUUAGUAUAUGUACUUAGAUUGUUUUUAUAACUGUGACAAAUUUAUACAUAACGACGUAUGUAUUUGUACAAAAACAAUUUAAUCAACUCAAUAACUUUUUAAUUUCGUAUUCCAUGUUGUAUCUAGCGCAGUCUGGGACCAUUAAAAUUUUAUUAUUAACAUCAGGGAACGGAUUGCAAUGUGACACAAUUCUGUCUUUAUUUUCGAAAUUAGAAGUUGCCCGUUUUAUUUAUUAUGUGCAUCUCUGACUGGACUAGUUGUACCAUUUUCUGAAUAUUAUUAUCAGUUCAGACAUUACACGAGAAUAGUGGGAAAAUAUUAAAAUAACUUGGGCCUGAUUUGUAUGCAAAUGCAUCAUCCAUUGUAUCAAAAAAUUGUAUAAACGUUUUUGAUGAAUUGCAUGCAUUUGUUUUCUAUCUGUCACAUUAAUUAAUAAAGGAACUAAAGCUUCUUCUAAACGAUUUUAAGUUCUAAUAGGACUAUAACUGCACUCUAGUUACUGGCGGAAAACUUAUUGGGAAAAUAUACGAAAAAAUUAUAUAAACACAAAAAAUCGCUCGCGAAAUUUUUCGGAGAUGGAAGAUUUUUCCUAAAUUGAAAGGGAUGAAAAUUAUGUAAAAAGAUACGUAGAAUCUCAUGGUGCCAACGGUUUUCC